UAUAUUUAUUUUUUUUUUUUUUACUUGUAGGCAAACCUAAUUCAUUUUAACUUAUGAAGGAGAGGUGAAUAUUUGUAUAAGCAUGAUUUAGAGGACAAGUGGGUUCCUUGUAUCACUCGCCAUGUGAAGAACAAAGAGGAACCAACUGUAUUUGAUAAGGGUAUUAUAACUCACGAGUUUUUAAAGCCGCUCUUAAUCACGGCUUGGUUAUUCAUCUAAUAUAGACUACACCGGAGGCGUGUACAUUGCAGAGCUUCAUAAUAACUUUAAAGACCAAACCAAUCUCCAGAUGCUCCGAGGAUGACACGGUGCACCAGCGCGCUUUUUAAAAUUUUUAAAUCUUUUUUUUUUUACGCGUGAAGUUGUCGGUGUGAGUUAAGUGCUGUUGAUACUUUAGCUCCAUAAAGCUUUUGUUGGAGCAUUAAUUUAUUCCACUGAAAGCUAAACCGGUUCAGCUGACCAGCGUGGGGACACAGCUUGGCAUAAUCCAUUACCCUAAGUUUAUUAUGUGCUUUAUAAUUAAGGAUAUUUUUUUUGAGAUCCUCAGACCAAGGUUGAACUGUGUUUUUGCUCGUCUGUUAGUGUAACAAAUUGCAUUAUGUAUUUGUAAAUAUGACCUCGACAGAGCUCUAAUUGUGAAUAAAGGAAGUUUUAUCACAGGACUCAAAUCAGUCAUGGAGCAGUUUGUGCCUGCUGAACGCUAUUUAUCAGUCUGCAGGCGGUUGUGUUACGCAGCAGGACAUUUUCUAAACGACCUGUGCGCCUCUAUGUGGUUCACCUAUCUGCUGGUCUACCUCCACUCCGUGCUCGGCUUCCAGAGCACCUAUGCAGGUGUGCUGCUGCUGAUUGGUCAGAUAGCGGACGGAGUCUGCACGCCUCUGGUUGGAUAUGAAUCUGACAGAAUAGCGUGCAUUUACGGCAAGAGAAAAUCCUGGCACCUAUUGGGAACUAUUUGUGUUGUUGUAUCUUUCCCCUUCAUUUUCAACCCCUGCCUGGCCUGUAACGACAACACUCCUCAGUGGGCCCGGAUUCUUUACUUCUCCCCCUUUAUCAUCGUCUUCCAGCUCGGCUGGGCAGCCACUCAGAUCUCACACCUGUCCCUGAUCCCAGAGCUGGUGUCCAGCGAGAGCGCCAAGGUGGAGCUCACUGCGUACAGGUAUGCCUUCACUGUGGUGGCCAAUAUCACAGUAUACACUGUGGCCUGGCUGCUCUUUCACUUCCAGUCUAAGCAAAAUGUGGACCCUGACAUCACAGAUAACUUGGGCCAGGUGGACAUCCCUCUGUUCAGGACGCUGGCCCUCAUUAUGUUGGGUAUUGGAGCUUUAUUCUCCCUGAUAUUCCAUGUCGGCACCAAAGAGAAGGGGUCAGCCUCGAGGAGCGAGGAUCAGCUGCUCAUACCUUUCCCUUCCCAGGAAGUUUUGCCUCGUCCUAUAUUUCAGUGGAAGCAUUGGCUGAAGGAGCCCUCCUUCUACCAGGUGGCUUUCCUGUACAUGUGCACCAGACUAAUAGUCAACUUAUCUCAGACCUACAUCUCAGUUUAUCUCACAGACUCACUGAUGUUACCAAAGAACUUCAUUGCCAUCAUACCUCUGGUGAUGUAUGUCAGUGGUUUUGUUUGCUCUCUGGCCAUGAAACCAGUCAGCAAGCUCAUAGGAAUCAGUAUUACCUAUUUGGUCGGCCUGUUGUUGGUGCUGGGCUUCGCCACCUGGUUGUUUGUGGACAAGAGCAUGGGAGCUGAGAGGAUCUAUGGAGCAGCCGUGCUGCUGGGAGCCGGUUCAGCUACAAUCCUGGUCAUGUCUCUGUCCAUGACGGCCAAACUCAUCGGGGAGCAGACGCAAAGUGGAGCCUUUGUUUAUGGAUCGAUGAGCCUCACAGACAAGUUUGCUAAUGGUUUGGGGGUCAUCCUCAUCCAGAGCAUACGACCAUGCAGCACAGAUGUCUGCUGCCCAGACUGUGUUUGGUUUUAUCGUGAUGUCAUGGCGAUGGUAACCGGGGGCGUGGGUGUGGCUGCAGCACUUUGCCUGUUCACUCUUCUAAUCUGUCCAAUCAGGAUAGGGAGAGGUUAGGGUUCAAAGUCUGCACUACACAUACCAUGCUACCACCUAGUGUAUGAAUCUGUAACUACUCUGCUUUAUAUAGGGCAGGGCCCUUCAACGUUUUUAGACCAAGGACCCCUUAGCUGAAAAAGAGACGGAGCACGGACCUCCUAAUACAUAUAUUGUGUAAAAUAGAGUUGGAUAUUAAACUGGGCCAGAUGUCCAAUAGGCUAUCUGGAGUAGAACAAAUAUUGGAUUUGGAGCUGUGCCCAGUGUCCCUUAUCCUGGGUCUCCCAAGCAGAUAUGUAAAAUCAUAAGAGAUUGCUUCGUAUUCUUACUUGUGAAGCAUGGAAGAAUAUUCUAUUGCAGCGUAAUGAAAAAGUACCAAAUUAAAAACUGGUGGAGUUUUUGAUU